GCGCUGAAGCCCCGCGCGGACAGCGCCUUCCCCGCGCCGCGGAGCGGAACGCUGCGGCUCCAGAGGCCGGCGUCCGCCGCCUGGCCGAUGGAGCGGGCCCGCGCCGCACGUGACCGGCGGCUGAUCACGUGGAGGACGCAGCACAGCUCCUGGCCGCGGCGUGGGGAGGGGGGAAGAGGGCGGGGUACGAGGCCACCCCACGGGUCCCGCCCCCGCGACCACGAGGGUCGCCGGCAGGGCGCCUUCUUGUGAAAGGCAUUUUCCUCCGCCAGUGAGGCGCCGAGAGAGAGGGGCGGGCGGCGGGGCGGAGCGGCAGCGGGCAGUGAUAGGCUUGCGGCUGGGUCACACUCGGCGUGCGCGCGUGGGGUGCGGAUCCGUAUCCUGCGGAGCGUCGUGUUGCAGGGAGCAUGGCGGGCGCUAGCGAGGCCGGAGGCGAGUCGUGGCGGGGCCGGUACUACCGGCUGGAGGACGUGCAGAAGCACAAUAACAGCCAGAGCACCUGGAUCAUUCUGCACAACCGUGUCUACGAUGUCACCAAGUUUCUGGACGAGCACCCAGGUGGUGAAGAGGUCCUCAGGGAGCAAGCUGGGGGAGAUGCAACUGAGAACUUUGAAGAUGUUGGCCAUUCCACAGAUGCAAGGGCACUGUCAGAAACCUUUAUUAUUGGGGAACUUCAUCCGGAUGAUAGAGCGAAGCUUCAGAAACCAACAGAAACUCUUAUUACCACUACUCAGUCUAAUUCCAGUUCAUGGUCCAACUGGGUGAUCCCGGCAGUAGUGGCAAUUAUUGUGGCCCUCAUGUAUCGUUCCUACAUGUCAGAGUAAGCGCCUUUACUGAGAACUAAUGCAAGAUGAGACUGAUCUGGGAGAGAAUGUAAGCAAUCCUAACCCAGUGUGUUUCCAGACAAAAGCCUGAUGUCUGAAGAAAAAAAAAAAUCAUCUUUCAGAAACCUGAACAAUUAUCUUCUGCUGUGCACUUUUCUUAAUGUUGCCUUCUUAUUUGCUCUUCUGUAGUGAUAAAAAGGCAGCAUUUCUCCUUUUUUAUAACAAUUUUGUUCUCUAAUGAAUUAUUUGAUAACUGUAUUGGUUUCUGUGUUAGAAUAUUGUUUGUUGUGUAAUACUGAUUCUGGUUAUUUCUCUUUUAAUCUGUAAUGGGGUCCAUAGGACUCUUUCAAUAUCAAUUUUGCAGCUUUAAAUGACUACCAAAACUAUGUACAUGUGUUGGUCCAUGUACACAACUUUGCUGAACUUAAAAAAUAAUGUUGUGGUUCUGUUGAAAAUGUCUUGUUGAAAUGCUAGUUAAAUGUAAUGGAGAAAGCAGAGCAGAGUGGUGAGUAGAGAUGCCUGUAAGCAGUCAGGCUAUAAUGAGCUAACUGUUUUCUUUCUUCUUGAUAUCUGCUCUUAUAGUAGAUACUCCUACUAUAGAAAAUUGUUCUAUUUAGCUCCCAUUGGAAAAUUCAGGUGAAAUAUGAAACCUAAUGUUUGGCCCAAUUGUCUGUCUCAGUUUUGUGAAAAUACUGUUCCUGCCAAGCACUCAGGUGACUAUAGAAUUUGUUCUGGGACUUUUAAACUUUUAUAAAAUCAACUUUGUCAUGUACAUUGUGAAGGCAAAAACUGAUACAUGGAACCUGUUUCUGACUGUUCUGUUGAUAUGCUCCUUGGUGCUUUAGUAUAAAGAGAUGACUAUUUUCACUGCUAAAUACAAGAUAACUGAGUCUGCAUUUUGUGGUGAACAUUUUUAGUCAUAUGUAAAUGAUCAUGAAUAAAAGUUUAAUUGCUUACUCUUGCUGGCUCAUA